GACAAAACUGAACACACUUAACAAAUAUGACAGCUCUCACUUUUGUUUACUUCGCUUUAAUCUUCACAAUUUCUCCACUUGUCGGAAACGCAAUUUCUGGCUGCAAUGGUCCAUGCAAUGACCUAAACGACUGCUCCGGCCAGCUCAUCUGCAUCAACGGCAAAUGCAACGAUGAUCCCGACGUCGGAACUCAUAUAUGUAAAUCAGGAACAUCUCCACAGCCACCGCAGCCAUCAGGCCCAUGCAAACCCGCGGGCACACUCACUUGCGGGAAGAAAAAACGCACCACCUACACCACCUAUAGCUGCUCCCCGCCAAUCACCGCCUCCACGCCAGCUGUUCUGACGCUGAAUGACUUCAGAAAAGGCGGUGACGGGGGAGCAGAGUCUAGCUGCGACAAUAAGUUCCAUGAAAAUUGGGAACUUAUUGUCGCAUUAUCGACCGGAUGGUUCGAUAAUAGUUCGAGAUGUUUCAAGAAAAUCAGGAUUAGGGCGAGUAAUGGGAGGAGCGUGGAGGCGAAGGUGGUGGAUGAGUGUGAUUCUAUGCAUGGUUGCGACAAAGAGCAUUCGUAUCAACGACCGUGUGACAAUAACAUUGUGGAUGGUUCGUCUGCGGUGUGGAAUGCGUUAGGGCUCAACAAGGACUUGGGCAGGGUCAAUAUUAAUUGGUCCAUGGUUUAAAGUAUUAAUAAUUGUACUAUGUUUCGGAACUUUAAUUGUGUUUCUUUUGCUAAUUAUGUGGACUUCGGAUGUAAGCACUUCGAAGUCAAAGUCGUUGUUAUCUUUUUCGAAUAAAGUGUUUUAAUGUUUUUACUAAAUAGAA